CCGCAAUCAUUAUUUAUUCGAGGGAAAAAUGUUUCCAUAAUUUGUCGCAAUGAAGAAAGUUCGACAAAAUAAAAAUCCACCUCAGUCUAACGGAUAAAAAUGUCGAUCUUUAGAAAUUGCCGUUUCCAUUACACAUGUCGCAAUGACUUUCUUUUUUUGUUUUUGCGACAUUGCUUUUGUCGAAUAAACCUGGGUCAAUGGACACCGUCCUACUGUCCUAGUGUUAUGUCAGUUUAUCUAUUCGUUAUUUAACGUAAUGAAAUUGACAUGAACACACGUUUUGUACAUAAGCUAUAUCCAGACAGAUCUCCAGUCUCUGUGUUUCCAGAGCUCCCCCUCCGCCUCCUUUAACCCCAACCCACACUGAUGGAGACAGAGCGGGAAGCCGACCUUCUGGAAGAGGAACCUCCUCAGGAGAAUGGGGUCAUCCAGAGCACCCAGGGCCUGUACAGCUCCACCUCCCCUCCGGCUUCAGACGACGAGCCUUUCUCCACAUACUUUGAGGAAAAGGUGCCCAUUCCAGAGGAUGUCACCCAGAUGUUCAGUUUCCGUAAACUCUGGGCCUUUACGGGACCUGGUUUCUUGAUGAGCAUCGCCUAUCUUGACCCAGGGAACAUCGAGUCCGACCUGCAGUCUGGAGCUAAAGCUGGCUUUAAGCUCCUGUGGGUGUUGUUGGGGGCCACCAUCAUCGGCCUCCUCCUGCAGAGACUGGCUGCGCGCCUGGGGGUUGUCACAGGGAUGCACCUCGCAGAGGUCUGCAACCGCCAGUACCCCACUGUUCCUCGUAUUAUCCUGUGGCUGAUGGUGGAGCUGGCCAUCAUCGGCUCAGACAUGCAGGAGGUCAUCGGCUGUGCCAUCGCCUUCAACCUCCUCUCUAUGGGCAGGAUUCCACUUUGGGGAGGUGUCCUCAUCACCAUCAUUGACACCUUUGUGUUCCUUUUUCUAGAUAAAUAUGGCUUGAGGAAACUUGAAGCCUUCUUUGGGUUUCUCAUCACCAUCAUGGCUGUAAGCUUUGGAUAUGAGUAUGUGAUGGUGCGUCCGGACCAGGGGGAGCUGCUGAAGGGGAUGUUUCUGCCGUACUGUGAGAACUGUGAUUCUGCCCAGAUGGAGCAGGCUGUGGGCAUCGUAGGAGCUGUCAUCAUGCCCCACAACAUCUACCUACACUCUGCCCUCGUUAAGUCUCGGCAAAUAGAUCGUGGGAACAAGAAGGAGGUGAAGGAGGCCAACAAAUACUACUUUAUCGAGUCAACUAUUGCCCUCUUCAUCUCCUUCCUCAUCAACGUCUUUGUUGUAGCAGUGUUUGCUGAGGCCUUCUACGACAAAACCAACAUUGAGGUGAAUGCAAAAUGCAAUGCAUCAGGCAGUCCUCACACAGACCUCUUCCCUCUGGACAACAGCACGCUACAGGUGGACAUCUUCAAAGGGGGCGUGGUGCUGGGUUGUUUCUUUGGCCCUGCGGCCCUCUACAUCUGGGCCAUCGGGAUCCUGGCUGCCGGACAGAGCUCCACCAUGACAGGCACUUACUCUGGCCAGUUUGUCAUGGAGGGUUUCCUGAACCUGCGUUGGUCCCGUUUUGCCCGGGUGCUUCUCACCCGCUCCAUCGCAAUCUUCCCCACCCUGCUGGUGGCCAUCUUUCAGGACGUACAGCACCUAACGGGCAUGAACGACUUCCUCAACGUAUUGCAGAGCAUGCAGCUGCCGUUUGCACUGAUCCCCAUCCUGACCUUCACCAGUCUGACAUCCAUCAUGGAUGACUUUGCUAAUGGACUGGUGUGGAAGAUUGGCGGAGGGGUGGUCAUCCUGGUGGUCUGUGCCAUAAACAUGUACUUUGUGGUGGUCUACGUGACUAGCCUGAACAGUGUGGCGCUCUACGUGCUGGUGGCCUUGCUCUGCAUAGCCUACCUAAGCUUUGUGUGCUACCUGGCGUGGCAGUGUCUGAUAGCCCUCGGUGUGUCCUGUCUGGACGUGUCCUGUCUGGGCAACAGGAUGAGGCUGAUGGGCCACACAGACGUUUACCUGUUGAAUGACAUGGACAGCAACACGAUGGUGGAGAGAUAAGGAGGCUAUGUUGGAGGGGUGGAUAUUAGCAGUGGUAAAGUCAGUAGCUAGACAGGGGUGACCUAACAUGGUGGAGGCAUGGGACCACAGGCUCAGCCAGUACAGUGCUCCUCCUCCUUUGCCUUAGUGCCAACGAGACCUUUGUAAGUGCCCUUCGUCAUCAUCUAUCCCUUACAAGAAGCCUUGAACCCCUCACUUGACAUUCCACUAACUAUGAUUGGCAUCUUAAAGUUAGUACCAAUGAGUUGUUGGUUUUUAUCAUGUUGAGCAUGCUUUUAAAAUUCUGCAAGUACGCCAGCCUUUUCUCAGGUCAGCAUUUCCAUAUGACUUUGAAACUGUUGUUAAACUGCUGUUAUAAUUUUAGAUGGGAAAUACACAGUAUGUAUUACACAGUUUGUUUGUUUGUCCUCCAAUUAAUAUGCAUGUACAGUAGCAGUCAAAAGUUUGGACACCUACUCAUUCCAGGGUUUUUCUUUAUUUUUACUA